AUGCCGAUUCGCCGUGGAGCGCCACGCGCGGCGAAGCUGGCCAUUACUGCGAGGCUUGGGGCUGACGAUGAGCAGAGGAAAGUCAAGGUCGUUACGGACCAGCACGUCAUCGACAAGCCUUCUCCCGUGGCAGAGUUUCCCAUGCGGCAAUGGAGCUUGCGGCUUCACCUUCUAGAUGAGGAUGGCAAUGAGCGGCCCGCCGACGUCUUUACCAAGGUUGUCUACAACCUGCACCCCACAUUCGAGAACCCCGUCCAGACCUUCACCAAGCCUCCCUUCAUCUGCUCCAACGAGGGUUGGGGUGAGUUUGAGAUUGGCAUCGACCUCUACACCACGGAAAAGACCAAGUUGGCUCCCAUCAUCCACGAUCUCAACUUCCAAAAGGAAAAGUACGAGGUCACGCACACCGUCGUCUUCAAGAACCCCUCGCAGGCGCUCCAGGAGAGGCUUCGCGAGACGGGGCCCCUGCCUUCCGACGAAGAGCGGCCUAAGAAGAAGGGCCUCGUGAGCAAGAAGGGCGCCCAAAAGUACGACUACGAGAAGAUUGCCGAGGCCCUGGAGAAGCUCGAGGAGGAGGAUCUGCUGCGCGUCAUCCAGCUGAUUAACGAGAACAAGGGCCCGGAUACGUAUAUCCGAAGCGAUGUGGAAGUGAAUAACUUGUUUGAAGCUGGCGAAUUCUCCAUCGAUCUUUACACCAUGCCGGAUGCGUUGACAACGAAGCUCUGGGAGCACUUGUCCAAGAAGGGUCUGGUCGCCUAGAAUGCGCGUCUUCAAAUGCCGCCGGUCUUGGAGACCCAAUAGUAGGGAAUGCAGGGCACUGGCCGAUGAGACGAGAGUAGCAAUGUCUUUUUUUUUUUUUUGUCACGGCAGGGAGCAAUUACGAGAACACGCACAAGGCAUCGAUCGAUACGACGGAAGUAAUUUGGACAUGUGUACGCAAAGGGGUGCAGAGACGAGGCGGCAACAAGCCCCUGGCAACAACAAUUCGCUUAAAAACGACAACCGCGAAAUCGGUCACGUCUUUUUGUUUGUUCGUUUUCACGACGAAAUCUACUCGAUAUCCUCUCUUCGUUCGCUUUCUCUCUCUCUUUUUACUUGAGGGAAACUAAUUACCUUUUGUGCUCUUUCUUCUUCUUUGCCUCUUUUUUCUUGUUGUUCUGCGGUUUAACACCCCCGUCCCCUGGUAGCAGGAGGACGUUUCUCGCAUCGAAAAGCCGUCAAGAAAGAAUUCAUUAGCUCGGGGGAGAAAGA